AUGGACGCGUCGCGAGAUGGGAUCUCGAAGCUCAUGCUCGCGGAGAAAGAGGCGCAGGCGAUCGUGAGCGCGGCGCGCGAAGAGAAAACGGCGCGGUUGCGCGCUGCGGUGGAGGAGGCGAAGGGGGAGAUCGCGGCGUACAGGGCGGAGCGGGAGGCGCGGUACGCGCGCAUGGUGGCGGAGCAAACCGGGAACAAGGCGGAGACGGAUUCGAGGUUGAAAGCGGAGUACGAUGAGGAGAUGGCGAAGCUUCAAGCGAAAGUGAGCGCGGCGAAGUCGACUGUGGUUCACGAUUUGCUCUCGGCGGUGAAAGAUGUGAAAUGA